CCGACGGCCCGACCCCGACCCCGAGACACGCAACGGCAAACGGCACCGAAACCCCUCGCCGACGUCGCCGUCCCUCUACUCCGCAGCCCACACUGUCCUCCAGUCGCAGCGGCCAGCGCCGCCAUCCCUACCACUCCUCCUGCGGCUGCAUCCCCCGCAAUGCCGCACCACGCCACCCCGCAGCAUGCGUCUACGGCGCGCAAGUUCCUGUCCCGGCCCCGCGUGGUGGCGGCCUGCGCCGCUGUCGCGGCCCUCGCGCUCUUCCUUGCUGCAUCCUCGGCCGCGGAGGAUCCCAGCCGGUGGCGCGCCUACCUCAUGCGCCCCCUCCCCGGCGGGGCCCGCGAGGAGACGGUGGUGGCCGCGGCCGUGGCGGGAAGCUUCGCGGGCCCCGCCGCCUCCUCGCCUUCACCCGCCGAAGCGCCGCUUCCUUCCCUCGGCGAGACUAAUUUGUCAGGCAGGAUUGACCCAAUACCAGCAACUUCUAUGUUCUUGGUCCCUUCGUCGUCGCCUGCAGAGAAUUUUGAUGAUGGUUCAAUGGAGGAGCGCGAACGUCCUGAGAUAAAGGGAAACCCACCAAAAGAUUCAGCUCUUCUCCAAGAGCCCGUUUCUAGUGGUGUGCCUACAAUGAGCUCUGAUGUCAAUGGAGAGCAUGACAUGGAUAGGAAACCUGUUCUGCCUCUAAGGCCAGAGCAGGCACCACUUUGGUCAACAGCAGCUGACGACGAGCUUGUAUAUGUGAAGAAAGAGAUCAUUAACGCACCAUUGACAUCAGAUGACCCUGAUCUAUAUGCACCCCUGUUCCGGAAUGUGUCUGUGUUUAAAAGGAGUUAUGAACUGAUGGAGAAACUUCUUAAGGUUUUCAUAUAUCAUGAUGGAGCAAAACCCAUUUUCCAUUCCCCAGAGUUGAAAGGCAUCUAUGCAUCUGAGGGAUGGUUUAUGAAAUUGAUGGAGACAAACCAGAAUUUUGUUGUGAGAGAUCCAAAUAGAGCCCAUUUAUUCUAUCUCCCAUAUAGUUCUCGUCAACUGGAGCAUAAUCUUUAUGUGCCUGGCUCAAAUACUAUUGAGCCAUUGUCUAUCUUUGUCAAAAAUUACAUUGAUAUGAUCUCUGCCAAGUACCCAUAUUGGAAUAGGACAAAAGGAGCUGAUCAUUUCUUUGUUGCCUGCCAUGACUGGGGGCCUUACACAACCAAAUUGCACGAUGAAUUGCGGAAGAAUACUAUUAAAGCUCUCUGCAAUGCAGAUCUGUCUGAAGGAGUUUUUGUCCGUGGGAAAGACGUUUCGCUUCCAGAAACAUUUCUUAGAGCACCAAGAAGACCUCUAAGAGAUAUUGGGGGGAGACCAGUUGCACAGAGAACUAUCCUUGCCUUCUUUGCAGGGCAGAUGCACGGUCGAGUUCGACCUGUACUUCUCAAGUAUUGGGGUGACAAGGAUCCAGAUAUGAGAAUAUAUAGUAAGCUGCCACACCGAAUCACUAGGAGGAGGAAUUAUGUUCAGCAUAUGAAGUCGAGCAAGUAUUGUAUCUGUCCCAUGGGAUACGAGGUGAAUAGCCCAAGGAUAGUUGAGGCAAUAUACUAUGAGUGUGUUCCAGUAAUAAUUGCUGACAACUUUGUGCUUCCAUUCGAUGAUGCACUCAACUGGAGUUCGUUCUCUGUGGUGGUAGCAGAGAGAGAUGUACCGAAGCUGAAGGAUAUCCUGCUGGGCAUACCAGAGAGUCGAUACAUCACCCUGCAAUCAAAUGUGAAAAGGGUGCAGAAGCAUUUUCUAUGGCAUCCAAAUCCCGUCAAGUAUGACAUUUUCCACAUGAUACUACAUUCAGUUUGGUUUAGCAGGGUGAAUCAGAUGCGAAUAGAGUAGCACUGUCCUCCACAUUCCUGAAUUUCAUGUGAUGGUUGUUGGCUCUCGGCUGACCCAUUUUGCUGAAGGCGCUGAAUGGAGAUAGCAAUCUGACAAGAGAACCUGACAUGAUCUGUGGAUAAUAGACAGUGGCAUAUAGGGGUGGCUUAGAUUUGUAAGUCUUGCACUACUGGUAAUUUCCCUGAUGGACAGUUUGAUGCAAGUGCUGAGGAAGCUGAAGCGAAGAUCGGUGUCUUAUUGGUAAACAUGUGAAGACGAAGAUCGGUGUCCUAUUGGUAAACAUGUGAAGACGUUCCUUUUCUGAAAUGUAGUAAAAUCAGUUCAUCUUUUUUACUCGGCUUACUGGGACGGGAUAGGAUGCUGAGAUCUGGAAACAUUGUAACUGGCGGAAAACACAAAGAAGGCAAGUUUACUUUUGUGAGGAUGUAGAUGUGUCACAACUUAUACCCGGUCUCACCUUUUUGUGA